GUGCGUUUCAAAUUCGUGACCAUUUGGUUUCGGUUUGGAAAGUAUUCUCAUGUUAUGGCCGUAACCUUACAUACGACUGUUGGUGACAUAAAAAUAGAGUUGUAUUGUCAAGAGUGUCCAAGAACUUGUGAGAAUUUCCUUGCUCUUUGUGCCAGUAACUACUACAACAACAACAUAUUUCAUAGGAAUAUCAAGGAUUUUAUGGUGCAAACUGGUGAUCCAACAGGAACUGGCAAAGGUGGUAAUAGUAUCUGGGGCGCACCUUUCGAGGACGAGCUCUCUGUAGAGCUUCGACACGACGGUCGAGGGACCGUAUCUAUGGCAAAUAACGGUCCCAAUACAAAUAAAUCACAAUUUUUCAUCACAUACGCUAAACAACCUCACUUGGAUCUGAAGUACACAGUCUUCGGCAGGGUUAUCGAUGGAUUCGAUGCGCUCGAUGAGCUUGAAACUAUCAAGGUUGACGCCAAAUAUCGCCCGGUUGUUGAACAGAGGAUACGUGACGUCACAAUCCAUGCCAAUCCUUUCGCGAUAUAGUGUUUCUGCACAGCUUGCUCUGGGGAUACCUCAUUUAGUGUCAAGGCCUUACUCAGUUGCUGAAAGUGACAAAUUAGAAAAAAGCAAAUUCAAGCAAUCUCAAGACUACUUUAGUCAAUACAUUGAAGAGUAUUACGAAGACGAUCAAGAGAAUGAACAGCGACCGAUCCCCGAAAAGACCAGGGACGAGCCUUUCGUGGAUUCGUUAGAUGGUCUCGUGACGGUUCUUAGACAGGAACGAGCGCAAAAUAUCGUUGUGCUCGCGCUCGGACAUGAUGGCCCUGGUGUCGUGGAUACUGUGGUCAUAUGUAGUCCCUUCAAUGCAAAGCAUGGCGCUGCUAUUGCGGAUAUGCUCAGAAAAGCUGGGAAGAUGACGGAACUGCAGACUAGAAAGUGCAGUGUACGCAGGAAUUUCGGCUGGUUCCAAAUUGAGCUGGGGAACAUGCAGGUCCAUGUCUUGGAUGAAGAAUCUCGCCAGAGGUACAAUUUAGAGUGUCUGUGGGGUCUUGAUGAGUUCGUGCUUGAUGAAAUCGAUGACUUUCCAUUGUAUCCACCAUCGCAGGUUGUGUAGACGGUCGCGUUACUGAUUUUGCAGCAAUGAAAGAUUGCUUGAGAACAUGCCUUUCUGCACGAAAUUUUUUGACAUAGUAUUUAUCUUUUUGUGAAGAGACAGAUGACAGUUUUCUCAUGGGCAUUCGAUUACAUGC